GCGAGCGUCUGUCCGGGGUACACUCAGUGGUAAAAGUUUGACUAAAAAAAUGCCGCGGAAAGUGAGAAUCAUUUAGUUAUGCGAGCAAUUAUACAAGUAUUUUGAUUGUGUUUCAAUUCUACAAUAGGUUUAAAUAAUUUCGAGAAUAAAGGAGUGUUGCUAUGGAGGAAAUAGAACUUUUCUUAUAAUUCUUUUUUUGAAGGGAAGUAAGUCACUUGUGAUGCUUGUGAUUUUCAGACAUUGGUGCGGAUCGUCGCGGCGAACCAACGACGCUAUGGCGUCCGUCGUGUAUGCGUGUCAUUACAUUUAAUUUUUAAUUAAUAUUUGAGCAUUAAAAUUAACGUUGUCACAAUUAAUUAAUUUUUACAAAUUAUUCAAUUCUUCUGAAAUAAUAUAGAUCAUUUUCACAAAACUUUGUGCUUUUAAUACGUGCCGGAUGUGUUUGAUGGAAAAACAAAGUUUGUGUCUGCUUCUACUCUCUACCCUAUAUAUUCUAUCCCCCAAUUGACAGAUCCCACCCCGAUUUAAUUAAAGGACGAUGUACUUGAUAUCACUAAUUGGACUUGAAAUUUUAAUAUUGAACUCAUUUUCUGGUGAUGAAAUGUAUUCCCGAAGUGAUCCUUGAAAUACAAUAAUACUCAAGUGUGUUUGGUGCUUCUUAACUUUAGCAAUUUACAUAUAUUCGUAUUUCUACCCUAAUACACAGAAUCGUCUCAUCCAUCGAAAGAUCAUUCGAGAAUUGUGUUCACUUUAUCCAUUAUUGUGGCACUAAAUUUUUAUCCAAGGCUCUGUUGCUUUAUCACAAUUUUAGGAAUUAAAAAGUUUUCUCAACCAUUUAAGCAGCUAAUAAUUAAUUAGCUGACACCUGAGAAAUCCAGAUGAUCUGAUUUUAUCCAACUUGAUCAACUGACCGAGGAAAAAAAAAUAUUUUCAGUUAUGUAAUUUUUGUUUGAUGAAGAAGCAUUUUAUAAUAAGAGAGUAAAAAUGUCCAAUAGUUUGGAUAGUUUUUUGACUAGAAUUGGGGAUGUGACGAUUGAGAGAGUUACACCCCGUGGCACAGCUCGAAUUCCCGAGCAAAAUUUAAUCCCACCUGAAACGUCAAUGAGUGUGAAUUUAACACCAAUUGGACCACCUCGUCGUCUUCAUGACGAGAGUUCCGAUGAUUCCAGUGGCGAAUUAUCUGACGGCGAUAUUGAAAAGAAAAAUCGACAACUUCAUCUUGAUGAAAUGGAUGAUAUGCAUGCAGAGUGUUCAGCGGACGAUAUGGAUUUAGAUGAAACAAUUGAUUCUCAAAUUGGUGUUAGAAUGGACUCGGAGAGGCAGCAUAGAGGUUCGUCGCCCUUGGAUGACGACGAAAUUGACGACGAUGACGACGAUGUUGAUGGUGUCAAUAUUUUGGAUACCCUCCCUUUGGAAGGUGCGCCUAUUGAGGGUCAAGAGGUGACAGAGGCGGAUCUUCUGGGGAAAUCAAUAUCGAAAGAAAUGGACGACGAGGAUGAGAUUGAGAAAAGCGAGACUCAAUCGGGGGACGAAGAUGGUCACAAAAGGCAUGCAGAUUCCGAUGGUUCAGAAUCAGCGAUGAAAAAACAAAAGAUAGAUGACGACGAUGUUGAUGAUGAUGACGAUUCGGCGUCCGAGUGCGAGACAAAAAUGGAGAAGAAGUUGGCAAACAUGAGGCGAAAUAUUCGUGAGGUCAUGGACGAAACUCAACUUGACGAGGCAACAUUGUCGGCUCAACGGCAAGAAAUGGAACGUCUACGUCGUGUUCAGGAACAACAAAAAAUUAUACGUGAGGUACAACGUCAAAUAGCAAUUAAUCGGCAAAAUAGUAAAACCCAAACACGCGUUAUCAGUCUCUUGCAAGGUAAACAAAAUCAAGCAGGCACUACAAUUUCACAAUCUUCACCUUCGUCAUCUCAGGUCCGUCUUCCUAGCACCGUUCUUCUCAAAGUGAAUUCCGGUUCCGGUGCGGGCUCUCAAUGUUCAAGUCAAACGCAAUCUGGACAGAUGAAGAGGCCCAUGGACGGAAUGAAGUGGCAGAAGGGUCGCGGCGCUCUCCCCGGUGUACAAACUUCAAUUUCAAGAGUACCGAGCAAACAAUCAAGCGGACCCAGCAUGCUGCAACAGCGAAUUCGAAUGAUGACCCCAUCCGUAAGUAUUUCUCCAGUGGUUCCCAAGAAGGAGCCCACUGACAGAUCAGAGUAUUAUUCAGAUUCCGAUUUCUCCGACACGGAGGCGGAUGAAUUGUUGCGUGAGAAACAAUUGCACACAAUGAAGAAAAUGACAACUGUACAGAAAGUGUCGAAACCAGCGAAAGGUAAGGAUGUAGUGACGAUAUCGAGUUCGAGCGAGAGUUCAGACGAUGAUUGCAUUGUAUUGAGCGAUCCAAGCGGAGGCGAGGAAACUGACAACGAAGACGAUCCCGCAAAUUCGGGAAUGCACACCAAUGAUCGUUACAACGUUCCCGACGAACAUGGCCGUGUGCUUAUUAACGUCGGUCAUCCGGAAAUGGAACCCGACGUUUUCCUAGCGCCGCAAGUUGCGAGAAUUAUCAAACCCCAUCAGAUCGGUGGAAUACGAUUCCUCUUCGACAAUAUCGUCGAGAGUAUCGACAGAUACAAGACAAGUUCUGGUUUUGGUUGUAUUCUCGCUCACAGUAUGGGUUUAGGGAAGACACUUCAAGUCGCGAGUUUCUGCGAUAUUUUUUUUCGAUGCACUACUGCGAGAACAGUUCUUUGCAUUAUGCCAAUCAACACUCUACAGAAUUGGUUAGCUGAAUUCAACAUGUGGUUGCCGUACGAAGAUCCCGAUGCACCAAAAGUGGAACCGGAGACAAGCGUUAAAACUGAACCUGGCACCGAUGUCAAACCUGAAGUCAAGGAAGAGGGUGAUCUGUCCGGUGCAACUGAAGCUACGAAUCAAUUAUCCCAAGAAAAUGCUAAUAUUUUGCAUGACACGUUUCAAAAUCAAUAUAAUGCUCAUAAUGGAUUUGGACCUGGUUUUGGACCCGAUGGCAUUAUUAAUAAAGGUGUGGAACAAACUUCUCUAAAUCCUAACUUUCACACUAAUAUGAAUCCAAGCACUUAUGGAGCAAAUUCUGUUCCGAAUUUCCCUUCCAUAAAUCAACCAAAUAUUGGGGCGAAUAGUUUCGGAAUUAAUAAUCCAGGAAAUAUAUAUCCGAAUCAAAUGCAAACGCAAGUUUAUCAGGGAAUGGAAAAUCGUCCGGGGCAAGUGUAUCCUGGAAUGGAGCCUCCGUCGGUGAAUCCCAUGAAUCCUCCACCGAAUCCUAUAAAUCCUAUAAAUUCAACGUUGAAUUCUUCUAUGAAUCCUCCGGUUAAUCUGGAAAUGAAUUCAAUGUACAACUAUGGGAAUCCGGCCCAGUCGUACAGUUUUGAUUCUAGUAAACAAGAAGCAAAGAAUGAAAGUGAUUUACAAAUUAAAAAGGAAUUGUCGGAACCGAUUAAGAAAGAUGAGGGGGCAGAGCCAGCAGAUGCGAAGACAGAGAAAGUGAAAACACCAUUUAAUGUGGACGCUCCCGCUGGAUUGGAAAUAAGACCUCGACAUUUUCGCCUUCACAUUCUUAACGAUUCGCACAAAACAAUGACAGCCAGGUCGAAGGUGAUAAAGGAUUGGCAGAAAAAUGGAGGUGUCCUACUAAUUGGCUACGAAUUGUACAGGCAAUUAUCGUUGAAGAAAGCAAAUAAAGCGAAACGAAAACGGGGCCAACCUGUCAAGGACCCGGACAUCGAGGAGGACGAUAAGAAUAAAGGACUAUUGGACGAGAUGCAUACUGCGCUAGUGAAUCCUGGACCGGAUUUAGUAAUUUGUGACGAAGGACACAGGAUCAAGAAUUCCCACGCGAGUAUCAGUUUAGCCUUGAAACAAAUGCGAACAAAGCGUCGAAUUGUUUUGACCGGCUAUCCGUUGCAAAAUAAUUUAUUGGAAUAUUGGUGCAUGGUCGACUUUGUGAGACCAAAUUAUUUAGGUACCAAGGCUGAAUUUUGCAAUAUGUUUGAGAGGCCCAUUCAAAAUGGUCAGUGCAUUGACUCAACUCCUCAAGACAUUCGAUUGAUGAGAUAUCGAGCUCACGUUCUACACGCACUUCUCGAAGGUUUCGUUCAAAGAAGAUCUCAUUCCGUUCUGCAGAUAUCAUUGCCAAGAAAGGAAGAAUACAUUCUCCUUGUUAGGAUGACACCACAUCAACGUAAACUUUACGACACUUUCAUGAAUCAAGUGGUAAAGACUCGAGCUGUUCCCAAUCCCUUGAAAGCUUUUGCAGUCUGUUGCAAAAUUUGGAAUCAUCCCGACGUUCUCUAUCAUUUUCUACGCAAACGACAAGCCAACGAAGAGGACGAUCUCGACUUGGAAGAGACAAUUGGCGAAAAAACUCCUCCCGGAGGUGUUAAGCGAUCGAAAGCUCGUCAACCAAAGGGCGAAGGUAAAAAGGGAAAGAAAACACUCAAGAAUAAACCCGCUGCCAGUGUUCAACCGAAUUUAUCAUCAACAACAAAUAACGAAACCGUCGAAGGAGGUGACGUUAGUAAUAAUUCUACAAAGUCUACAUUGACAAAUUUCCCAGCACAAAAAACUUCCUCGCCACCAUUUACAAACGUAAAUUCAUCAAACUCGUAUCCCUAUCAGAAUUAUCAGCAAAAUGAUCAGAACAACUAUUACCGAAAUGAUAAUUCACAAAAUGAAUUCACCGACUUUUACAAUAAUCAAGAUCAACAAAGAUUUGGAAAUCAAAAUUUCCAACAAUAUCCACAAGGCACUCCCGGCUACAAUAACAACUCCAAUCAAACCUAUCCAAAUCAACAAAAUUACAUUCAAGGCAACGAUCAAUCAACAAAUCGAACUCAACGAUUCCCCGCUCCGGCUAAUCCCGAAUUUCGUUCCGAACAAAAUCAGGGAAAUAAUUUCGAACCAUCUGGCAUUUAUCCAAGACAAAAUUAUCCUUAUCAAGAUCAAGGCCGAAACUAUCCCACUAUCAAUCAAGACCAAAAUUAUCCUCAAGUACAAAAUCAAAAUUCAACGUUCCCCCCACAUUUACCCAAUCAAACACCAAUGUCCGAUUAUUCAUCAUUUCCAACAGCAAAUCCGAAUCAAAAUUACCCCUCCGGAUCACAACCUAAUACAAAUUAUCCAAGAAAUGAGAAUCAAUCGACCACCCUCAAUUAUGGGGGGAAUCAACCAUCAGCACCUACCAACACUUCCGGCAAUCCACCAUUCGGACAAAAUCAACAAAAUCAAUCGCGACCCUAUCAACAAAAUCAGAAUUUAGGAUCUCAUUAUACACAAAAUAUGGUUCCAAAUUCACCGUCAAUGUCACCAGCACUCGGCUUCACUGCAACUCAACAAACGGGCAAUUUCGUUCCACCCUCAACGAGUCAAAUUCAUUACGGACAAAAUACAAAUCAGGAAAUUAAUCAAAAUCAAAGAAUGGGAAAUCAGGGAAUACAAAAUCCAUCAAUCGCUUCAAAUUCAAAUCAAGGACAUCAGGGAAUACAAAAUCCAGCAAUCGCUUCAAAUUCAAAUCAAGGAAUGGGACAAAAUUCCUAUUCGAAUAAUCAGGGGAAUGGGCAACAAAAUCAUGGCUAUCAGAAUCCAAUACAACAACAAAGACCCACAUCGACGAAUGUUGGAUACCCGACCCAAUCUGGACCUGUUUCGGGACAAAUGCAAGGACAUAGAUAUCCACUAAAUCAAGGAUCGAAUAUUUAUCCUGCAAGUCAACAAACGUCGCAGAAUAGUCAGAUGUAUGGAUCAGGCACCGAUAGACAGAAUCAAAAUUUCGUUUCUACAUCAGGUAGUUGUCAAACCUCGACUUCAAGCGCAAAUCCAGACUAUCAAGCGCAAAAUCAAUCACGUCCCUCUUCGUCCACGGUCUUGGGGAAUUAUUCCGACAACAAUCCGAAUCAAGGUUCACAAUUUAAAAACUCGAAUGAUCCAUUCUGGCAGCAGAAUUAUUCGCAAACUAUGAGACAAGAGCAGUGUAAUGACAGCAACUAUUUCCGUGAACCGAAUAAUGUCAAUCGGUUCCAAAAUAAUUAUUUACCACAGCAGAAUUAUCAGAAUCAAUCGUUUGAAUAUUCUGGAGGUCGUGUUGGUGAUGGUAAUCAAAGGGGCGAUGAUUCAAAAUCAACGCAUGGAAAUAGUGGCAUUCAUGGUCAGGGUGGAAAGGAUACGAUGAAUAGUAUUGGAGUGCAGAGUCAACCGUUAUUACCUUCGAACAAUGCAAGCGGUAGGGGUGCUUUUAGUGCACCAAUGAAUCCAGUGGAUGCAUUGAAGGAUGAUGAGAAGGAGAAAGAAGAGACUAUUGAGAAGGAAAAGGAGGAGAAGUCGGAUGAUGAAAAUCUUACCAAAGACGAGGAGAAGGAUGUUAAAUGUUCACCCUCUGGAAAAGAGGAUCCUGGAAUACCGUAUGAUUGGGCUACCGAAUUAAUGAGAGGCUACAUACCGGGACUAAUUGACGCAUCAGCAAAAAUGACACUCUUCUUUUGUAUACUAGAAGAAGCGAUACGUCUCGAAGAUCGCGUUCUCGCAUUUUCCCAAUCGCUUUUUACAUUGAAUCUCAUAGAAGACUUUUUAGCUAGAAAUAAUUUUAAAUAUCCCGACGGCACAACGGACGCUUGGCUGAAGAAUGUGAAUUAUUAUCGAUUGGAUGGCAGUACAAGUGCAUUGGAACGGGAAAAAUUGAUUAAUGAAUUUAACGUUAAUCCAAAAAUACAUCUCUUUCUCGUCUCAACACGAGCAGGAUCAUUGGGAAUUAAUCUCGUUGGAGCUAAUCGAGCAAUUGUAUUCGACGCCUCUUGGAAUCCAUGUCACGACACUCAAGCAGUUUGUCGUGUUUAUAGAUAUGGUCAACAGAAACCGUGCUUUGUAUAUCGUUUAGUGACUGACAAUUGCCUAGAGAGGAAAAUUUACGACAGGCAAAUUAGUAAACAAGGCAUGGCUGAUCGAGUUGUUGAUCAAUGUAAUCCUGAUGCUCAUCUUUCAUUAAAGGAAGCAACUACGCUCUCUUGGGAUUGGGAAGAGGACAGCCAAGUGCAAGAUUUCUCCCAAUCAAAGGAUAGUUACAGUGAUGAAGUGAUGCAUACAGUUUUAGAGAAGCAUUCGUCAUUAUUGACAAAACAACCAUUUCAUCAUGAGAGUCUUCUUGUUGAUCGUAAAGACAAGAAGCUUAGUCAGGCUGAGAAACGUUUGGCUCGAAGAGGUUAUGAAUUGGAGAAAAUGGCAGCUACAUGCUCCCGACCGAGUUAUAAUUACAUUCCUGGAAAUACUGCCACAAGAGCCGGAGGAUUGCAAAUUAGAGCUAUUAGAGGUGUCGGUGGUGGCGGCGGCGGCGUCGGCGGAGGUAGUGGCGGUGGAAUGGCCCCAGGAGCAUUGAGUCCAGCAGCUGGUGAUAUGGGACCAACGCCAAAACCUGUCGCUUCCGUAAGACCAAUGCAGCAGCGUGGAGUCGAAGGCGUUGGACCUAGAAGUGUGACCGGCAGUCGAUGGAUUCCCGCUGAAGUUUGGCAGAGACAAGGCAUGAGUGCUCAAGAAAUGACUCUUCCAUUGGACGUCGUUAUUCCCACCAAUUCACCGGACAAGGGCAGUAUUGUCUUAAAAGCAGGACAACGAGUCAUGGUUCUCAAGAGUCCGAAGGGUAUAUACAUGCAACUGGAGUCUGGAAAAAUUAUCGCCAUUCGAACCGCCCUUAAAUUAAAUCAACAAAAACGCGAAGAUGAACCCAAAAAAGGUUUAGCUUCUAUGAUGCAAAGAAACUCCAAAGCGGAAGUUGGUUUUCCAUUACGUAACAAUUCGGCUAUUUCAAUAAUACCGAAAUCUUCAUCAAGUGCACAAGGUACACGACCACCGCCAAAAUCGAAUCCCGGUCCAGGUUACAGACCAUUUGCUGACAAGGAAACAGCGAAAAGAUCUAAACCAAUUGCUACAGCCACUGCAAAACCAUAUACAAGUCAAGUGAAUCUCACUAAUCAAGUUUCGCUCUCUAGGCUACCAAGAGUAAAGCAAGAACCCCUCGAUCAAGCGUCCCUUGGCGAUAAUUCAAAUUCCUCCGAUGGUUCAUUAAGAUCUGAUCAAAGAGUCGAGGAAGUUCGGCUUGAAGACGUUGUCGCUGAAGUAAGUUCUAACGAAUAUAGCCGUCCCUCUCGCCCCCUUCAUUCCAAUCAAAAGUCUUCACAAGUGAAAUCCCAAUCUUAUUCAACUGAAAACGUCUCCCGUGUGCAGAGUAUACAACAACCGGAAGUACCACCUAAAAUUGAUAAACCAUUAGCUGAAUCUACAGAAAUUCCCGAUUCCUCCGCUGGAAAUCAAUAUCAGUCUCCUUUUCCGAAGCAGCAACAACAACAACAACAGCAAAUUAAUAGCGCUAGUGAUGAGGUUAGUCAAGCACCUGCUGCUGCUAUUCAGCCAGCUCAAUCGGGAUCAGUGGUAUCGCAAUCCAUUCCAAAUACAAGUAAAAAUCUUCGAGACACUUGCAACUCCCCUCUCGUCUCGACACCCGUGAGCUCUAGUGUUUCAACGGCCGUGGAGCAGAAUGUCUUAGAUCUUCCCCAACCGGACAUUCAUGGUGUCUCACAGGGCUAUCCCUACGCACAAUAUCCAAGGUAUUAUGAUUACGCGGAUCCUAGAGCGAGAUCAUUGGGAGGGACUCCCUAUGGCAGUUACUUCCCUGGACCACCGCCUCAGUCGAAUAAUCCAAGACACAACACGGAAGGUACGAAGGCACCAGCACAGCCUGAUUUACCAAAAGCAGGAAAUAACAGUGACGAAAUAACAGUGACGAAUAAAGCGGCAAAUACAUUUGUACCGCCACCCAGUUUAAACCCUCCACCAUCAGUAGACACUAAGGAAGCGAAACCAACUGACGCGGUGACAAGUGUCACUGCAACGAGUACAACAGCAAAUAGAGAUGAAAAUCUUCCUUCUACUGCCUUCACUCAUCCGACGGCUGCGAGAUAUCCGGGACCGUACCCACCAGCUCCGUAUGAUCCUUACGCUCAACAUUAUCCACCGGCACCUGGCUCAUCAGCUGCUUAUCCCCCUGGCACUCCUGGCUAUCCCGCCUACGGUGGACCAGCCGAUUAUGCUCGUAUGUAUUCACCGUUCCAUGGACCACCAGCUGCUGAUCCUUACAUGCACAGAAGUUACGCUCCGCCACCUUCCGCACAUCCUCCUGGAUAUUAUCCCCCAUUCCCACAUCCUCCACCUCCCUAUCCCAAUUAUUCUUUCCUCCCACCAUAUCCAAAUCCCUCUGAACCACAACCACCGCCACCACCAUCACAGUAAAUCGAACAAAUGAGAAGAAGAAAA